GAUGUAUGACGCUUGACGAAUCGUGUCAUAGGGAACAAUGUAUGACAUCACUAGUUCAUGCUUAUGUGUGUUAUCCGACCGUUGUUUGUGUUAUCUAUCAUGUUUUUAUCAAAAAGUGAUGUUUGUGAAGUUGUUUCAAAUUAAAUCAGCCUCUAUUUAGUGAAUGGUGCACCUGAAUGUCAACAAGGAAAAAAUGUCCCGCCAUGAGAAAGCAAAAAGCGGUUUUCUGGACACAUGGUUCGGGCGGCCCAAGAAGGCGGGCGCGGGGCUCGAGCGCGGCUACGACACAGUGCCGAGGGCGGAGCCCCGCGCGGAGGACGACGAGCCCGCCGCGGAGUACACCAACAAGAUAGACGCGUUGGAUGACGACCAGCUCGAGCGGAGAUUUGAGGAGAUGCUCACUGAUAUGAAUAUCGGUGAAAAGAAAAAGGAACCGUUAAGAAAAUACUCCAGGGAUCAGAAGAAGAAGAUGCUGGUGGCUUACAAAUUUGUCAACGCACAGGAAGGUCGUUCGAAAUUCGAAAAACCAUCCGAUUACGUGUCAUAUCUAAAUCAAGCUGAACUAUCGGUGGGUAAGCUGCAUAGCUGCUUGGAGAACCUCAGGAUAGCAUUGACGAACAAUCCCUUGUCCUGGAUCGAGGAUUUCGGCACGAAGGGCAUCGAGAGUCUCCUGACCACGCUCAAUGUCUGCUAUACCAAUGAUUCCCGUUAUGAUCGCGUCCAGUAUGAAUGUAUUCGGUGUCUCUCAGCGAUUCUCAACAACACAGUCGGUAUCCGUGCGGUUUUUGAGUGUAGAGAAGCUCUUCCAGUCCUGGCUAGGAGUCUGGAUGCUAGGAAACCUCAUUGUGCUUUGGAAGCAUCUAAGGUACUCGCUGCGAUAUGUCUCAUACCGAACGGUCACGAGAAGGUUCUAGAAGCGAUCACGAUGGCGGGCGAGUCGAGCCGGAAGCCGAGGUUAUUGCCAAUCAUCGAGGGCUUGGUCGCUAAGGCACCCGAGAGCUUGAAGAACGGUUGCAUGCAACUUAUGAACGCGAUCAUCACUGAACCAGAGGAGCUAGAAUUCAGGAUGCAUUUACGGAGCGAGUUUAUGAGAACUGGACUGUAUGAUCUGAUAGACGAGCUCCGCGCGGGCGCCGAGGAGGGGGGCGGGCGGCUCAUACAGAUGAACGUGUUCGACACGCACGCCGCGGCCGACCAGGAGGAGUUCCUGGCCAAGUUCGAUGACGUCAGAGUGGACUUCCAUGACGUGAACGAAUGUUUCGAGCUGGUUAAGAAUUUGGUGGUAGAGACGCCAGCGGAACCCUAUCUACUGUCGAUACUACAACACUUGUUAUUUAUAAGGGACGACGAAUUGAUAAGGCCAGCAUAUUACAAACUUAUAGAGGAAUGUAUAACACAAAUCGUGCUGCACAAGAACGGCUACGACCCAGACUUUAGGCAUACGCAACGGUUCAAUAUAGACGUCCAACCCCUCAUCGACGGACUGAUCGAGAAGUCCCGCGCGGAGGAGGAGCGCCGAGUGGAGGAGCUGAAGGGCAAGCUGGAAGCCGCCAUCGCGGCGCGGCAGGAGGCCGAGGCGCGCGCCGCGUCGCUGGAGGAGCGCCUGCGCCUCGCGCCCGCCGCGCCCGCCCACGGGAACAUCGCCGCCAUCGCCAAGGCGAUUAGCAGCCCCGGAGGACCGCCCCCGCCACCGCCCCCUCCUAUGCCGGGAGGGCCCGCCCCGCCGCCGCCGCCGCCGCCCAUGCCAGGCUCAGGUAUGGGUCCACCUCCCCCGCCGCCUCCCCCGUUCCCGGGCGCCGCGGGUGCUCCGCCGCCGCCCCCGAUGCCCGGUGGAGCGCCUCCACCGCCACCGAUGAUGGGGGGUCCUCGGCCACCACCGCCGCCUGGCAUGGGGCCCAUGAUGCCAAGAAUGCCUCAACCAGAUAUCUUACCUCAUGGACUGAAGCCUAAAAAGAAGUACGAGGUUGAAGGGCCUCUGAAACGCGCCAAUUGGAAGACGAUCGUCCCACAGAAGAUGUCCGAAAAAGCUUUCUGGGUUAACGUACACGAAGAUAAGCUCGCGUCGCCGGAUAUUCUCAGCGGUUUGGCGCUGAAGUUCUCUAGUAAACCAGUCGCUAAGAAGAAUGAGGAUUCUGUCGACAAAGUCCACACAUUGAAAAAAGUAAAAGAUCUAAAGGUUCUAGACAGCAAAGCGGCGCAGAAUCUGUCUAUUCUACUCGGGGGUUCCCUAAAGCACAUGUCGUAUGAGCACAUAAGGACGUGCGUGCUGCGCUGCGACACCACCGUGCUCACCGCUGACGUGCUCGACCUGCUCAUACAGUACCUGCCCCCAGCGGAUCAGCUCAAGAAACUCGCGGAUUUGAAAUGCAAAAGCGAGGAACUAACGGAGGCGGAGCUGUUCUCGGCGACGGUGGCGGACAUCAAGAGGCUGGUCCCGAGGUUGAGGAGUUUGGCCUUCAGAGAACAUUAUAGCGAAAUCAUAUCCGAGCUAAAACCUGAUAUCGUGUCCGGCACUGCGGCGUGUGAGGAAGUGAAGUCGAGCGGUAAAUUCGCGAAGAUUCUAGAAUUGUUACUGUUGUUAGGAAACUAUAUGAACACUGGGUCGAAUAACGCUGGCGCUUACGGCUUUGAAAUAAGUUUUCUCACUAAGUUAACGUCAACGAAAGAUCUGGAGAACAAGCAGACGUUGCUACAUUACUUAGUUGAUACGAUAGAAAGUAAAUUCCCUGAUGUGCUGAGCUUCGCCGAGGAAAUGCCUCACAUAGAUCGGGCAGCUCGUGUCUCGAUGGAGAAUCUCCAGAAGGCUCUGAAGAAGAUGGACAACGACAUACGAGCCCUCGAAACGGAUUUGAACAAUAGCCGGGUGCCUCAGACCCCGGACGACCUCUUCAAUGAAACUAUGAGCAAUUUCGCAAAAGAGGCCCGCGAGCAGUGCGACGUCUUACACUCUAUGUUCAAGAAGAUGGAGGCGCUGUACGGUGAACUGGCGGAGUACUACGUGUUUGAUCCUCACAAAUACACUUUAGAAGAAUUUUUCUCAGAUAUCAAGACUUUUAAGGACUCCUUUGCGACGGCGCACCAGGACAACGUGGUGGCGCGCGAGAGCGAGGAGCGCGCGCGGCGGGCGCGGGCGGCGCGCGCGGCGGCCGAGCGCGAGCGCCGCGACCGCCAGCACCGGUACAAGCAGUUCGUGGACAUGGAGCAGGCGCAGGACGGCGUCAUGGACAGUUUAAUGGAAGCCCUCCAGAGCGGAUCGGCGUUCAGUCGGGAGCGGCCUAGGAAAAAGGCAAAUCCGAGAGUGGCGGGAGCUGAACGAAGAGCACAGUUGAAUAGAUCUCGGUCGAGAUCCGCGCUGACGGGUCCGCUGACGACUCGGGAGUUAACGAAUGAGUUGCUGAGUAACGCGUGAUAGCUUUAACAGUGAUACUAGUACUAUAAUAUAUAGUUUAUAAGAUAUUAUAUAUGAACGAACAUAAAUCGGCCUAUUUCAUGUAAAAAUAAUUAUCUGAGGGCGUUUU